UUCUUCUUCUCUGGUUCCGGACGAAGGGGCGGACACGGCACGUUCCUCAACUCAAACAGCGACGCUGUUACUGUACGAGACCAAAAGAAAUAAAUUAAUAAAUCCUGUCGUGUUUUGUUUUUGAAUCUGGUCUCGGGUGGAACUUUUAUUAAAAACCCCGUUAAACUGUAAGUCACGACGAAGGAACCGACUGGUCCCCAGGUCUACCUGCUGAGUAUGAGCCUGACUACAGAGCCCCCUAACGAUGGUGGUCCCACUGUUACAGAAGGAGAGAGCAACAAAAUGAUUCCGGCGGAGAAGAAGGACAAGAAGCCGGACGAUGUGGCCGAGGAGGAGGAGGAGGAGGAAGAGUACGUGGUAGAGAAGGUCCUGAACCGGCGGGUGGUGAAAGGGAGAGUGGAGUAUCUCCUCAAGUGGAAAGGCUUCUCCGAAGAAGACAACACGUGGGAGCCAGACGAUAACUUGGACUGUCCAGAUUUGAUCGCGGAAUUUCUGCAGUCCCAAAAAACGGCACACGACGGGAAGAGGAAGGCGGCCGGAGAGGCGGACGGAGACGAAAGUAAAUCGAAGAAGAAGAAAGACGACACGGAGAAGCUCAGGGGCUUCGCUCGAGGUCUGGAUCCAGAGAGGAUCAUCGGUGCCACAGAUUCCACAGGAGAACUCAUGUUCCUCAUGAAAUGGAAAAACUCGGACGAGGCCGACCUGGUGCCGGCGAAGGAGGCCAACGGGAAGUGUCCGCAGGUGGUCAUCUCGUUCUACGAGGAGCGACUCACUUGGCACUCGUAUCCCACCGAGGACGAGAAGAAGGAGGAGAAGAACUAGCGCAGCGGCGAAGAAACAAAACAGAAUAUCAUUGUACUUUCAAAACCGGGGAGUUUGGUGGGGAGGGGACAGAGCAAGACGCAGCCGGACUCAUUUGUUUCUCAGCGUAGUGUCACACAUUUGAUUCUACUUUAAUCUGGAUAAGAUCUAAAUGGGCUUCGGCCCCGUCUCAUUACACUUAAGACAGUGUUACUUCUCAGUGUCCGCUCGAGGUUUUAAGAGUCGUCCGACCGUUUCAGCAUCAUCUUGAACACAUCGUUCAGGUCCAGUGCUCCGACAUCGUAUCAGUGAGGUGAUGUUUUUUUUAAAAAUGUCCUUAUUGUGCCAUUUCCUUUACUAGGUAGUUCCCGUACGACUUGUUUGUUGGUGUACGAUUAUGAAUCUCCUCAGUGAAUCAUGAGCUCACUGGUAAUCUUUGUAGUGGGGUUUUUUUCAUUACGUCUUGCUUGUCACUUUUUUGAAAUAAACCACUUUUUGUUAA